AUGAAUUUUUCCUUAAUUAUAAAAAGAUACUCGAAGAUAUUAAAUUGGAAACAUGAUACCUAUUAUGCUAGUUUGAUGAAUAAAUAUACGUAUUUUGAUGAAUUCAUGAGAUUUUGUAAUGACAAUAAAGAAUGUUUUACUAAAAGAGAUAUAGUGGCUUCAUUAACUUAUAUACACCAUAUGAAAAAAGUAGAUUUGUUAUCUCCAACUUUUAAUAAUUAUAAUGAUUUCAUAUACAAAAAUAUAAAUAUGUUUAGAUCAAACAUAAGCACACUUGUACAUAGGUAUGCUGUUUUGGGACAUACAAAAUCUCUAUUAUUUAUCUAUGAAAAUGUACUAAAGAAUAAUAUAUUAAAUUAUGAUAAUAAAUCAAUUAGUUUAAUAGCUUGGAGUUAUGCAAAAAAUAAUUUUUAUUUAUCAGACCUUUUUAUGGAAAUCAAUAAGAUAUUAAAAGCAUGUAUUAAAACAAUGACUCUUCAUGAAAUAUCAUUAAUAUCGUGGGCGUAUUCUAAGAUAAACAGAUUACCUCCUUUAGAAAUGAUAUGUGUAAAAAAUAGAGUAUAUGAAUUAUUAAACACAUUAGAUGAAGAAUUAAAUCAUGUUAUUGAAAAUAAUGCAACAAAAAAACAUUUGGAUGACAUAAAUAUGAAUGUUAAUGAAAAUAGUACUUAUUUUGAAAUUAAAAAUGAGAAUGAAAAGGAAUAUCUAAAUAAAUAUAACAAUACAGAUUUUAAUGAUCAUACAUAUUUCGAUGAAACUAAAGAAUUGAUAUCAUCAGAAAAACAUAAAUUAGGAAAUAUGUAUGAAGAUAAUAGUGAAAAUAGAAUAGACAACUUAGGUUGUAAAAAGAACUUAAUCCAAGAUAUUUGUAUGAUAAUGAAAUCAUAUGCUAUUAUGAAUAAAAGUGAUCCUUUUUUUUUUUUAUUUUUAUUCAAUUUCAUAAUAAAAAAUAUACAAAAUAACAAAAUGAUGAUAACUGCCCAAGGCAUAACAAGUAUAUGGGUAUGCUUAAGAGAAUAUGAAAUAAAAAAUAAAAAGAUAAUUGAAUAUGCAUUAGAAUUAUCAAGAUUUUUAAGACUUGAUCACACUGUAAAUAGUUCAAUGAUGCAUGAAAUUGUUGUUAGCAUACAUAAAUUAAAAAUUAAAGAUAGAAGAAUUCUUUAUCAUUUAUUUUAUCAUCUAAAAAGGAAGUGUAUUAAUAUGCAUGUACAACAUUUGUAUGAUAUUAUAACAAUAUUACAAGAUAUGAAAAUUUAUGAUGAUGAUUUAUGGAAGCAAUUUGGAGUAGCUGUUCAAAAAAAAGCUAUUGACCUAGAAUUAAUUCAAAUAAAAAAAUUACAUAAUAUAUUUUCCAUUAAUGGAAAAGGAAAUGAUAGAAUAUUAGGAGUUCUUGAUAGUUUUAUUCAAAUAAAAGAAGAUAUUAAUGUAUAUGGCCCAAUAUAA